UCUCUGGUUCUCUUCAUGCAUGCAUAUCGUUGAACAAAAAUGGAAGAAGCUAGAGCACAAAAGCUUGUUGAGAAAUCUGAGGUUUCACCAGCUACAAGCACCACAACUUCUCUUCCCCUCACAUUCCUUGACUUGUCUUUGGCAGGUCCUGUUUAUGUGAGACGCCAAUUCUUCUAUCACUUUCCCCACCACACAGAAAUUUUCUAUGAAACUACACUCCCUUCUCUCAAACACACUCUCUCCCUUACCCUUCAACAUUUCUUCCCUCUUGCUGGAAAUCUCCUUUGUCCACCACCACCUCACAAACCCUUCAUUCGCUGCACCGAUGAUGACACUGUCACCUUAACCAUCAUCGAGUCCAAAGCGGAUUUCAACCAUCUCUCUUCCAACCACCCCAAAAAUCUCAAAGAUUUAGGUCACUUGGUUCCAAAGUUGACAUGCACAACCAUGCAUGAAGAAGACACGUUCAUUUUCCCAAUUGUGGCCUUGCAAGUCACGGUUUUUCCCAACAAUGGCCUUUGCAUAGCUAUCACUUAUUGCCACGUGAUGGAUGAUAGGUGUUGCGGUCAUUUCAUGAAGUCUUGGUCUUCCAUUUGUCGAAGCGGUGGAGUUGACUUGACCCUUGUGGAGAAGUCACCACCUUGCUUUGAUAGGAAAAUAUUGAAGGACCCCAAAGGAUCACUCGAGGCUAUUUUCUUGAGAGAUUACUUUCAAGAGAGGUCAACUUGGAAGGACAAACUCAUUGGUCAAACUCCUAAACACGUGUGUGAUGAUGAGGACUUUCUUAAGGCAACUAUUGCUUUUGGAAGAGAUGAUAUUGAGAGCCUCAAAAGAUAUGUGCUGAAUCAUUGGAAAAAAAAUGCUGAACUCAAAGCGCCACAAUAUCUAUCAAAAUUUGUGGUAACGUGUGCUUUCGUGUGGGUUAGCUUGGUUAAAGCAAAAUAUAGAGAUGAUGAUGAAGGGGAAGAGAUGAAAGAGGAGUACUUUCGUUUUGCAGCAGAUUGUAGAGAUCGCUUGGAUUACCCUAUACCAGAAACGUACUUCGGAAAUUGCUUAACGAGAUGUUAUGCAGUGCUCAAGCGGAAGGAGCUAAAGGGAGAAGGUGGUUUUGUGAACGCAGUGAAGGCCAUUGCAAGAGCAAUAACUGAUAUGAAAACUGAACCUCUUAGAGGUGCUGAAAACUGGAGGGCAUUAUUUAGGAAGAUGUUUGUAUUGGGAAGUACUGUGCUAGUUACAGGGUCACCUAAGUUCAGUGUUUAUGAGACUGACUUUGGAUUUGGAAGACCUACCAAAGUGGAGAUGGUACAUUCCCCUAAGUGUAUGUCUGUUGCCGAAAGUGGAGACAAAGAAGGAGGAUUAGAGCUUGGCUUGGUAUUUAGAAGUGGGGAAUUUGAGUAUUUCAUUUCUGUCAUUGAGCAAGGAUUUGUAGCAUUAAAAUCCUAAAUGUAUGUGUGCAUUGUUUUCACUUUCCAGUUGUUCAACGUUGUAAUGUGCAAUUUAAUAAAGGACAACAUGGAGUAUUGUUCUUUUUUUUUUGUGUGUGUGUGUGUGGUUGUGAUGCUAGUGAAAAAUGUUGCAGUGUUGGGACUUGGAAUAAUUAAAAAAAAAAUGUUGCAUUUUACGUACUUUAUCUUUUAGCUUUGGUUGAUGGGGCUUAUUUAAAGUUGUGGAUCAAAGAGCGCAGCUAGAUGUUGUAAGAGGAACAGUUUGAUUAUGACUCAAGUGUGUUGAAAUAUUGAAAGAUUUUUGCAGUUA